GGCAAGAAGCCAGAGGGAGAGGAACAUGGUGGCUGCAGCAGAAGGAAGGCAGUGACUGGUGCAGGACACGAAGCUCGCUCCGUCAGGUCGCGGGAUGCGUGAUUUCAAACCGGGACGGGCGAGAGUGAGGCGGAGGAGGACGAGGAGGAGGAGGAGAAGACGAAACUGUUGAGAGCGAGAGGGGAAUCGAUGGAAGAGAAGAAGGAAUGAUGCGCCCUGCUGCUGGUGCUGCGAGUGCUGCAGAGGGAAGGGGAGGAGGAGGAAGAGGAGGAGGGCAGCGUAGCGGAGCGGAGGAGGAGUGAGAGCGAGAGCCCAAUAGUCUGCGACCGCUUGCCUGCCUCGCUUGGAAGAAAAGCUUCUUUAGUGUAAACUUCUUGUUCCCUCGCCUUCGAAGACGCAAUCUUCCUUUCGGAUCUGUGUCCCGCGGCUUUUUGUUUUUCCUCUCCCUUGUCCCCUUCCUUCCGCGCUCUGUGCCUUGAAAUCGAUUGGGAUUGCUGCGGAGGAAGUGAGGCCCAGGGAAGGAGAGCAAAAGAAGGGCAGGGCCGAGAAGCGAGGGUUUUGCAGAUCCCGAGAUGAGUUCUUACUCGAUUGCGCGUCGGGGCGGAAGUGCUAGACGAUGAGGACGCAGCAGCUGAGGUUCUUCUCAUGGUUCUGGUUCUGGAUGGCUUGGAUCGAAUUAGCCGCGUUGAAGCAGUAGGAUCAAGGCAGUGUAAUGAUGGGGAUCUAGGGAACAGGACGGCACGGAACAGAUCAGGUAGAUGGAUGGGUGAAGGCAAGCGAGGAAUCAGAGAAGGGUGGAGUGUCCAGGUCGUAAAAUUGUCACGAUCGGCUCGAUUUUUGGGUGGAAAAAUUCGGGCUCGUGUCGUCCAAUUGCUUUCGACUGUACACUUAUGAAAGUUGAUUUGGACCUGUUUUAUACAACGGUGGAAUUGUAGCAGUUCAAGAAGGCUAGAGGUAGGGCAGAAUGGGGGGGAUGGACAGGGCUCCAUCCAUGAGUCGGAGGGGGAGAGCUUCCAUGGAUGCAAUGAUGCGCAACAGUGGAGCUGACGCCCAUUUGGGUCAUCGCGUUAUACAUUGCAAUGACCAUAGUGCCAAUCUUCCAUAUAAAUUUAAGCACAAUUCAAUCUCAACAACAAAGUACAAUUUCUGGACCUUUCUACCCAAGGGACUUUUUGAGCAGUUUCGGCGAGUUGCAAACAUGUACUUUCUUAUGAUCGCCAUUUUGUCUACUACUCCCAUCAGUCCUGUACAUCCUGUCACCAAUGUAGGCCCGCUAGUGUUGGUGCUUGCCGUAUCACUUAUCAAGGAAGCAUUUGAGGAUCGGAAACGUUUUAUGAGCGACAAAAUUAUCAACUCAAGUUGUAUUGAGGUCCUGUCAGGACAAUAUUGGAUCAAAACACCUUGGAGCAAACUGGCUGUAGGUGAUGUAGUGAAGGUACGCUCGGAUCAGUUUUUCCCUGCCGAUCUUCUGUUUUUGGCCAGUACAAAUGCCGAUGGAAUCUGCUAUAUCGAGACUUCGAAUUUGGAUGGGGAGACAAAUUUGAAAAUUCGCAAAGCUCUGGAGCGGACAUGGGAUUAUAUCGACGAGGAGAAAGCCGUUGAUUUCAAAGGAAUGGUCGAAUGUGAACAACCGAACAAUUCAUUAUACACGUUCACGGGAAAUUUAGUCAUUGGGAAGCAGACAAUUCCAAUCACUCCAAAUCAAAUUCUUUUGCGAGGGUGCAGUUUACGAAAUACAGACGCAAUUGUGGGUGUCGUAGUCUUUACGGGUCACGAAACAAAGGUGAUGAUGAAUACCAUGGAUGUGCCUUCCAAGCGGAGCACGUUGGAGAGAAGGCUCGACAAGCUUAUUUUGCUUCUCUUCGCUAUCCUCUUCAUGCUCUGUUUCAUAGGUGGUAUUGGCAGUGCUAUCUUCAUCGAUCGCAAAUGGUGGUAUCUUGGUUUGUCCCAGCGGGGAAUAGAGGAGCAGUACAAUCCCAGCAACAGAUUUUUUGUUGCUGUACUGACUUUCUUUACUCUCGUGACAUUGUACUCUACUAUCAUUCCAAUCUCAUUGUACGUGUCCAUUGAGAUGAUAAAAUUUAUCCAGUCAACUCAAUUUAUCAACAAUGAUAUCCACAUGUAUCAUCGGGAAAGUAACACACCAGCAUUGGCUCGGACCUCCAAUCUCAAUGAAGAACUUGGGCAGAUAGAGUACAUUUUUUCUGAUAAAACUGGCACGCUCACCCGAAAUUUAAUGGAGUUUUUCAAGUGCUCAAUUGGUGGUGUAAUGUAUGGGACUGGUAUUACAGAAAUCCAGCGUGCCGCAUCUCGUCGGACAGGUGUUCCUAUUGAGGAGGCUCCAAGGUCUGAGGAUUAUAUAAGAGAAAAAGGUUUUAACUUCGAUGACAAGAGGUUAAUGCGCGGGAACUGGAGAAACGAAGAGCAUCCUGACAUCUGCAAGGAGUUUUUCAGAUGUCUAGCGAUAUGUCAUACCGUACUGCCAGAGGGUGAAGAUCUACCGGAGAAAAUUGUGUAUCAAGCCGCCUCACCAGAUGAGGCAGCUCUUGUGACCGCCGCCAAAAAUUUUGGUUUCUUCUUCUAUGCGCGCUCUCCUACAACGAUCAGAGUACGAGAAUCUCACAUCGAGAGAUUGGGGAAGGUUCAAGAUACGGAAUAUGAGAUUCUCAACGUUUUGGAGUUUAAUAGCACUAGGAAGCGGCAGUCUGUUAUCUGCCGCUAUCCAAGUGGUAGGUUGGUACUCUAUUGCAAGGGUGCUGACUCAGUAAUAUAUGAGAGGAUGGCGGACGGUCAGAAUCCCUACAGAGAAAUUACACGCGAUCACCUGGAGAGGUACGGUGAAGAUGGAUUAAGAACCCUUUGCUUGGCUUACGCCGAUAUUGAUCCACGUCAGUACGAAGACUGGAAUGAAAAGUUUAUUCAAGCAAAGUCAGCCCUUCGAGACCGCGAGAAGAAACUUGAUGAGGUUGCGGAGCUCAUCGAGAGCAACCUGAUCUUACUGGGCUGCACAGCGAUCGAGGAUAAAUUGCAGGAAGGUGUUCCUUUAUGCAUAGAAACUCUCUCGAAAGCUGGAAUUAAAAUCUGGGUUUUAACCGGCGACAAAAUGGAGACAGCAAUCAACAUUGCUUAUGCUUGUAGUCUUCUGAGCAAUGAAAUGAAGCAGUUCAUCAUCAACUCAGACGUUAAGUCUAUCCGGGAUGUGGAAGAGCGGGGUGAUCCCUUGGAGACUGCUCGUGUGCUCGAAGAACAAGUAAAACGACAGCUUUAUGAUGCCAUUUCAGCAGCAGAAGAGAUCCGUCAGGAACAGUCUGGCGUCGAUCUUGCCCUUGUCAUCGAUGGAAGGUGCCUCAUGUAUGCUUUGGAUCCUCAUCUUCGAGGUGCUCUUCUGAGGAUAUGCAUGAAGUGCAAAGCUGUUGUAUGCUGCAGAGUCUCACCAUUACAGAAGGCGCAGGUCACAACGCUUAUCAAAGACGGGGCCAAAAAAAUCACUCUCAGUAUUGGCGAUGGUGCCAAUGAUGUGAGCAUGAUCCAGGCAGCUCAUAUCGGUGUUGGUAUUAGUGGUCAAGAGGGAAUGCAAGCCGUUAUGGCCAGUGACUUUGCAAUCGCGCAGUUCCGUUUUCUCACCGAUUUACUUCUAGUCCACGGUCGGUGGUCCUAUAAUCGUAUAUCGAAGGUCGUCUGUUAUUUUUUCUACAAGAACUUAACCUUCACAAUGACACAGUUUUGGUUCAAUCUAUACGCGGGUAAUUCGGGCCAGCGAUUUUAUGAUGAUUGGUUCCAGUCACUGUAUAACGUGUUGUUCACAGCUCUACCUGUGCUUGCUGUGGGAGUCUUCGACAAGGAUGUGAGUGCAAGAAGAGCCAAGAAGUAUCCCCAGCUCUAUAAAGCUGGCAUAGACAACCUAUAUUUUAGUUGGCGAGUGCUACUUGUGUGGCUCUUUUUUGCCAUCUACCAGUCUCUGAUCUUCUUCUUUUUUCCUACCAAAGCCGCAGAACAUGGAGUUAACGGCGGCCUUAAUCUGGGGCUUUGGGAUGUGGGUACAAUGGCCUACACGUGCAUCAUUAUAACCGUCAAUCUUCGUCUUUUAAUGGCAUCAUCUUCCAUCACUGUAUGGCAUCAUGUUGCAGUUGAAGGCAGCAUAGUUUCUUGGUUCCUGUUCAUCUUCUUUUACUCUGGAGUGCAGACUCCUAAUCUACAGGACAACAUAUAUUGGGUGAUUUUCAACUUGAUGAGCACUUGGUAUUUCUGGUUCCUCAUUAUACUGGUCCCAUCGAUGGCCCUUGCAGGCGAUUUCAUCUAUCAAGGACUCCAGAGGUGGUUUUUCCCCUUCGAUUACCAGAUAAUCCAAGAAGAAACGAAGUUCAGAAGUAAGUUGGAGAUAAAUGAUCCCGAGCAUCAGUUGGAAAUGAUGGCUAUGCUGGACGGUCCUACUACUCUUAGUGCUGAAGAAGAGCGGUCAUUGGCUAUGGCCCAGCUUCCGAGAGAACGAACGUGGUCGAAACAUACUGGGUUCUCAUUUGAUUCUCCUGGUUUCGAGUCCUUCUUCGCCAUGCAAGAGGGAGUCCCAGCUCCAGCGAAGUCUUGGGACGUUGCACGGCGUGCGAGCAUGACACCUCGCCGAAGUCAUAGUUUGGCUAGAACUGAUUCACGGACGGGGCACGCGAGCAUUAGGGAGGAUAUUCAUAUGCCACGGAGCAGUAUAGCGGAGGAAGAAUUUGACGGCGAUGACAGUGAAAAUCGAUCAUUUCGAAACAAUCCAUUUCUAGAAGAACAACCGUCAAGGAGGAAAUCAUACUUUGACUAGCGUGCAUCCUCAUGGGCUAUCUCGGUACCAACAGAGCUUUUGACAUUGGUUGGAGCAAGUCAGAUUGUAGUCUUCACAAGUGGCAAGUGGAUUGGCAAAUACUCUCUGAGGAUACACGCGUCAAUUUUGUGUCCUGUGAGACUGCAGUGCCUGAUCCAGGUUUUUCUCCAUUGAUGUCGAUUGCCAAAAAUGUUUUGGGUGGACAUACUGAGCUUUCAAGGAAUCGAAGACAUCCGUGUUGAGGUCCUAUUGUGGAGACUAUUAACGUUAUGUGGGAACGUGUGGUGGUUACCUAGUGGAAAGUGUCCAUCGACGAUACGAGAGAGGAUAUCUGAAAGAAGACGCUUCGAAGAUAGUCAUGGGCUUUCUCUUGAUCUGUGAAGCCUCAUUAAUAUUCACUGAACGGCUGUUAUUACCGAAUGCAACGAAGGAAGCCGUUUGUAAAUGCGGCUUGUCACGAGAAAUGAGUUGAAAUUUCUCGCCAAAGUGCAGGUGCUUCUCACAACCAAGUUUCACUUCGCAGGGUAUGGGAUUGUGGAGAAUUUAAAGCCGAUCUGUGAGAAGUUAUGGAGAUCCAGUCCUGGUCAGCAACUGUCCCAAAACCUUUAUAAUGCUCAUAUGCUCCAAGUUCGUUAAUAAGUCACAAAAAACGCAUUGGGGGAUGUACUGGAUUGAAACUCCGACCCUCUUUCUUCCAUGCCUUACCGAUCUUGAAGGAAUAUCAAGUGUUGGGAUGAAAUUAGAGUAAAGAUCAACUCCAUUCUUCCUGGUCCUUCUUGCUCGAGAUCGUCUGUCAUUUCUAGCUCCAGUGAAACUGUAUGAGAAUGAGUUGAAUGUAGAACCACGUGUCAUGCUUACCUGAUGCUUACUGGACAUACUCUCCCGAAGAGAGACACAAGGGUAUAGAGUUCGUAUUAAAUUAUUAAUACUGUGAACUAAAAGCACAGGCAAGGGAGACGCAUGGAACAGAACACUUCGGCAGUGCCACAAGUAAGAACGGUUUACGGCAAACAAACGCCUGAUAGCACUUCAGCAGCAUCAACACUAAGUAUCAGCACUUUUAGUAUCUAAACACUUAAGUUGCAGUCCUCUCUACCAGGUCUUUUUUUUCUCAGUAGUUGAAACUGUGUGUAUCACACAGUAAUUAAAUCAGUAAUUCUCUGUGCAGCUAUGAAAAAAGUCAAAACUAGGGUGACUUCAGAAUUUCUUUAAUCAGUUGAAUAUUUUUGUACUCGAUCGCUUGAAGUCGAAAGUGGGAGGGACGGAAGAAAAGAAAAUAUAGGAAAAUUACCUCAUGAGAUGUUAAACUUUCAAAGUUAUCUUCAGUAAGCAUAGGAGUCGAUGGAUUGACCGAAGAUCUCACCGACAUUUUUUGCAUUUCUCUCGCUCAUUGUUGUCAGAUUCCGUUCAUUA